AUGGCGUCGUCGCCGCGCGUGAGACGCGCGCGCGAGACGACGCUCGCGAUGCUCGCGGUGGUUUUCAUCGCGUGUGCGGCCUCGGCGAGCGCUCUAUCGUCCACGAGCGCGUGCGCGUGUCCGACGAGUGGCUCGCAGGUCACGUGCGCGAUCGAAAACCUAGUACCCGCCGAUUCGUCGAGCACGUGCGACCCGGGGUCGAUGGACGCCGACGGAUUUUUGGACGAAAACAUCAUCAUCGACGGUAACACUGCGGUUUCGUCGAUUGAUUUCAGCGGUUUACGCCGACUCGGCGGUGCGCUCGUCGUGCGCUCGUCAAAGUUUGUCACGGCGCUUCGAGCGCCCGACCUCGUGGAGACGGUGAGCGGGGACGUGCGAAUCGAAGCCGCGAUUGGCGUCAACAACUUUUUACAAACGAUCGACCUGAAGAAACUGCGCGUCAUCGGCGGCUCGUUCGCCGUCGUCGGCGAAACACACGCGAGUUUCACCUCUCUCGACGUCUCCGAGCUCGAAACCGUGGCGGGAUACUUCAACGUGAGCGACAACUCAAAUUUGGCAACGCUCAACGUGAAAAACCUUCGAGUGGUCUCAAACGAGGGUGAGGUGAAGAUUUCCGGCAACAAGGCAACCUUGGCCGUUCGCGCGAAUUGCGGCGUGGAAUCGUCCGGGUUGAUUCAAGGCGUCGUCACGGAUUCCAACGCCAGGGCUCGGUCGACGUUUUCGUACGGUUCCGUGGCGUAUUGCAGCCUGUGCACGCUCGAAUUAUCUUCUCAUUCUAUUUGGGAAAAUGGAAACUACUACGACGGCGCGACGCUCGGCUCGAACGCGCUCAAGGCGUACAACUCGAGUUACUCGUGUGAUUCGACGCUGGACGCCGCUGGUAUUUUGAAUGAAAAUUUGACGCUCGUCGUGAAUAAUCAAGGCGCUACCAACGGGAUUCGGUACGAUUUGAGCAAGUUGCGGCACGUGACCGGAAAUUUACAAGUGACAUUCGAAUUAAACGAGUACAUGAGCACUUCGUACUUGACGGUAGAGCAGUGCAACUCAACGAGCACGCCGUCCGCGAGUAGCAUCAUCGGGACGCCUCGGCAAGUUCAGUUGUUCAUGCCGAACCUCGACCGCGUGGACGGUAAACUCAAGGUACGUAUUCGUAAUCAUUGA